AGCAGCGACAUGAGUCGAAGGAAAAGGGCGAAGGUGGAAUAUAGAGAAAUGGAGGAAAAGUAUAAUCAACUGGAAGACGAAAAUACUUCAGACACAUCAGAGAAAUCUAAACCUGGACUUGUCACUCCAGAGAAAAAGGUUGUGCCAGAGGUAAAAAAGGAUUCUGAUGCUACUAUACCACAGUCUACCCCCACAUCUUCAGCACCAAAAAUUGAAGUGAAAGAAGAAGAUGAUCAAGAUAGUGAUCAUGAAGAUCCUCAUGUAAAAGAAUUACUUAAUGGAUUAGAGGGAGCAGCAUUUCAAAGUCGUCUUCCAUUUGAUAAGCUUACCUCCACAGAAGCAGCUUGUUUCCCAGAUGUUGCUGGUGGACCACCACAGACACAAAAAGUUUUCCUUCACAUUAGAAACAGACUUUUGCAAUUAUGGCUUGAAAAUCCAAAGCAACAAUUGAUCGUUGAAAAUGCUUUGCCAGCAAUAGAACCACCUUAUAAUAGCGAUACUGUAUUAGCACGUCGAAUUCACGCAUUUUUAGAAAGACACGGUUUCAUAAACUUCGGAGUGUUUAAACGUCUAAAGCCAUUACCUACUAAAACGUUAGGUAAGGUAAUUGUAAUUGGUGCAGGCAUUGCUGGAUUAGCUGCAGCUCAACAAAUGCAACAAUUCGGCUUGGAAGUAAUCGUACUUGAAGCACGAGAUCGCGUAGGAGGUCGUAUUGCAACGUUUCGAAAAUCAUCGUAUAUCGCGGAUCUUGGUGCAAUGGUAGUGACAGGUUUAGGUGGAAAUCCCGUCACAACGCUUAGUAAACAAAUUAACAUGGAACUUCAUAAAAUUCGACAAAAGUGUCCUUUAUACGAGAGCGACGGUCAAACGGUCCCGAAAGAUAAAGAUGAAAUGGUAGAGAGAGAAUUUAACCGGUUAUUGGAAGCAACGUCGUAUCUUUCGCACCAAUUAGAUUUUAAUUACGUGGGUAGUGCUGGAUCCGGACAAGGUGGUAAUACGCGACCGGUUUCGUUGGGUCAGGCAUUGGAAUGGGUGAUACGUCUACAGGAACAAGGCGUCAAACAGCGUCAAGUAGCUCAUUUGCGUUCCGUGCUAUCGCUUCAAGGGCGACUUAUCACUAAUCAACAUAGAAUGAUAUCAAUUAUGGACCGUUUGGUCGAAUUGAACAAACAGUAUAAAGAAAUGACCGAAAGUAAAUUACAAACACGGGAUAUAACGCAGGAAUUUGUGUUAAGAUCAAAGUUACGGGAUCUUCAUAACGCGUGUAAGGAGUGGGACCAGCUCGCGGAGCAGCAAAAAGAAAUCGAAGCGAAGUUACAAGAACUAGAAGCCUCCCCUCCUAGCGACGUAUAUCUCUCCUCGAAGGAUCGUCAAAUAUUGGACUGGCAUUUCGCUAAUUUGGAAUUCGCCAACGCUACAUCGCUGUCGAAUCUGAGCUUGAAACACUGGGAUCAGGACGACGACUUCGAGUUCACCGGCAGUCAUCUAACAGUUCGCAACGGCUACUCCUGCGUACCUGUUGCUCUAUCCGAGGGCCUGGACAUCAGACUGAACACCGCGACGAGAGCAGUCCGUUACGGGGUGAACGGUGUGGAAGUGUGGGCCGCACCCUCUCGCAGUCCCCACACAAAUCACACGGUGUACAAGGCGGACGCUGUCCUUGUGACGUUGCCACUUGGCGUUCUGAAGACUUCCGCACCUCCUUCAGCAGUGGUGCUGUGCUUCGAGCGGAUCUUUUGGGACCCAACCGCCAAUUUGUUCGGCCACGUUGGGAGUACGACCGCGUCGCGCGGCGAGCUCUUCCUCUUCUGGAACCUCUACAAGGCACCGGUCCUCUUGGCUCUGGUCGCUGGUGAAGCUGCCUGCGUGAUGGAGAAUGUCAGCGACGACGUGAUCGUUGGACGUUGCAUCGCUGUUCUAAAGGGCAUUUUCGGGAAUCAAGUGGUUCCACAGCCUCGUGAGAGUGUGGUGACGAGAUGGCGGGCAGAUCCAUGGGCGAGGGGUUCGUACAGCUUCGUCGCGGUCGGCAGUUCCGGUAGCGAUUACGAUCUCUUGGCUGCUCCUGUCGCGCCGCCAGCCACCCCCGGCGCGCCACCCCCGCGGCCAAGAGUCUUCUUCGCAGGCGAGCACACCAUACGAAAUUACCCGGCGACCGUUCACGGCGCGUUUCUCAGCGGCCUCCGCGAAGGUGGCAGGAUCGCGGACCAGCUCUGCGGAAGCCCUUACGCGCCGCCAGCGAUGCCAGCUUCCGGUCCAGCAACCACCGCCAUGCCGUCUGCCACCACAGGCACAAGUUCCACGCCUUAGCGC